UAUCUUGUCCUAAAUCAACCCCUCUCCACCUUCGAAUUCGAUGAAUCGCCUGUUAUAAUAGUUAUAUUUGAAUGGGCUCUAGCCCUUGAAUUUCCACGGUUGGGUUUGUUUCGUGUCUCACUCGACUGCCGCGUUCGAUCGCCUUUGUUUACAUCACCAUGGCCGCAGCCGGCGCGAGGGCGCAGAAGCCUGUAGGCUCUGCAGCUUGGAUUUCGACCGAAAAGGAGAACUGUGGCCAAUUGGUGGAUCAGGAGAUGGAAGAGAUUGAGUUUCCUGUGCGAUAUGAGAUGGAAUGGUUGAACGAGCACAUGGCGGAAGUCUUCUCGAAUAAUCAAUUUAAUUUUACAGACGUUUUCAAGACUCCCGGCAAGCUUCGAGGCAAGACCCCUCGGACUUUACGGAAACGUGAUGCAACGGAGAGUCGUGUGCCCUUGAGUGAAAUCUUUUCAUCCGUCCAAAAGAAUCGAGCUGAGAGUCGAUUUUCUCCGAGCCCUGCAGUUUAUCGCUCACCUACCAAGGCCGUAAUCCCACCCUCAGCUCCUACUCCCCCGCUCAAACCCACGAAUAUCACGACGAAGACGUCACAGCCCCAACCCCAGUAUCCUGACCUGAGUCAGAAUCUCAACUCCUUCUCACAAUACAAUGCAGACUCUGGUUAUCAUGGAAUUCCGGAAGAUGAGGACGACGACGACGAUAUUGUUUUAACGCAGGUGGCUCCAGAGUCCCAGCUAUCCACCCAACCGUUGGACCUUGAGCCCAUCCCGGUUGAUGAAGCACCCCGUUCGUCCGUCGAUCGCCGUACCACAGAUACGUCGUUCCAUUCCGCCCACGAAGAGGUUCGCCAGCGCGGAGAGACUGUCGAACCCAUGCAUAUCGACUCACCAGAACAAAGCGGCGAGGGAUGUACCCCCCAGCCAGAAUCAAGGAAGGAAUCAGAGCCAAAACGGAAAUCUGAUACCCCACGCAAAACUACACCUCCAUCCAAGCAGGAGACAUUAUCUAAGCCAGACGUCGACGAUAACCAGGAUAAAGAUGCGAAAUCAUCAUCCCCAGUGAAAGGCUCUAGUGCUCAACCAUCCUCUCCUCAUCAAGAAGUAGCGCCUGAAAAAGAUGAAAUGGCUCUGGAUACCUUGGAUGAUAUUGAUACCCCUUCGGAUGGAUUCACCCCGGAACGCCCCGUCAUCCGCAAGAGCAGCCUCAGUUUCGCGUCCCUUCCUGCCCGAGAACCGCUUACAACAAAGAGUCUUGGAGGGUCAAGGCUUUCACGGACUAGCCAUGUUGACAUCGUCAAGUCCAAUCCUUCAGGUGGUUCGAAUUACUUUGGCCGGCAGACUGGCGGUCAACGGUCCACUCAAGCCCCUGUGGAAGAAAACCCUACGCCCGCAGAGAAGAUGGAUAUUGACGAGAUCAAAGAUACUUCUAAUGCUGAUGAGUCAGAUGCGGAUACUAGGGCCAGUAAACUUCAUAACAAAUCCUCUACCCAAAGACUACAUGAGAAGAUCAGUAUGUUGGGUAAACUUCAACCAUCACGCCCUACCAAAUCGAUCCCUGCAGUUGCUGGUCUCUCCUCUGCACAGGUUUCCUAUCCUGAGCUCCCUGCAGCCAAACCAGAGGAUAAACCCGACGCAUCUGCGUCCAAAUCGCGUGAAACGGUGACCGCGGAGCCCCCCACGAAUGCUGAAGAUGACUGGAUUAAGCCCUUGAAUUCUCCGUACCAGCUCAAUUUCCCCAGAAGUCAGGCGCCCGAGAGCAAGCCAAAGGUGUCGGUUCCUUCCAAAAAUGGGGUUUCCGAUGAACCUGCCUCUUCUGCUCCCCGUAGUAAGGCCGCUGAUGACGAGGCCCCACGAACUGAAGCCAGGCAGAGGUCGGGAACAAUCCGUGGUAAAUCAUCGACCCCGAUAUUCUCAUCGCCACGAGGCUACGGUCACCAGAAAAGUGCGUCUGUUCAUCUUGACGAUACAAUUUCGACAACUCCAGUGGGCUCUCCUAGCCGCCACGUUGGCCCUUUGAGCGCAUCUAAGUCAAGACUUCAGUCCAUUGUAAGAACUGCCAAGGGACUUUUCACAAGCUCCGGGGGGGUGUCGGCAGUUGCGAGGAUGGAGGCCUCCUCGCCGGAGGAGCCCAGGGUGCAAUUAGAACGCGCGACUACGGAUGUUUCUCAAAGCAACCACCGACCUCUGUCGGUUUUCAGCCCGCCGCGGCAUGAAGGACGUCGGACCCGAAGCUCCACCGAAAAGGAGGAGAGGCGUAAGCAACAGGAGCUGGAAGACCGCAAACGCGAAGAGGAGCUUGCGGAAAAGGCCCGCCAGCAGGAGAAGCCGCGCGCUAUGCAGCAAAAGACUGCGCGUGAAAGGUCACACACUGAGUCCGAUGCACGCGGACAGCCCGUGUCUUUAUCGACACUAACCUCGCCAAACCGAGCGCCGCAAGCGAAGCCUCAAAUGAAAGAACUGGAAACCCCCACUGAGAAUGUCAUCAAAGCUCCUUCACAGCCUGCCGCGUCUCAGGCUCCUUCCAGACUCGGUAACAAUCGCCCUACUCGGCCUACCCGUGAAAUCCAACAGAAACCAAAACCUCAGCCUGUGUCAAUCCGUGUCAACAGUGCCCUCUCUCGACAAAUGCCUCUAGCUUCCUCCGUGGCUGCCGGCUCUCAAGAGUCUAAUCUCCCUGCACCCACGGCCCCCGCAUCGGCAGCAAAACCGCCAACGCUGAAGAAAAAGGCAAGCAACUCAUCCCUUCAUACGGCUGCCUCCAAUAGUAGCUUUAAGAGUUCUGUCUCAAGCCAAACACAACGUAAAGCACAGCUUGCAAGCGAAAGGAAGAGAGAGCAGGAAGAACGUGAGGCACGACGAAAGGAGGAGCAGAGACGCGAAAUAGAGCGCAAACGCGCAGCACAGCAACAGGAAGAAGCCCGUCGCCAGGAGAUGCGGAGCCGGGCAGAAGUUGAGCGAAGGGAGAAACUUGCUGAAGACCCCAAGAAGGCGGCUCAGAUGCAGGCGAUUGAGAAGCGCAGGCUAGAGAAUGCACGCAGACUCGAACGACAGGGCAGCCAGCAACCGGAGGCAGCUCCUCAAUCCUCUCAGCGCAGCGAAAUGGGCAACAACCGCCCGGCCUCACGUCUGGGCUCGGCGCUCGGUCGACCGAUCAAUCAACCCCAGCCCAACCCGGCCAAGCCGCCCAAGAGAGGGCUGGAUGAAGAGGCCAAUAACCGCCCUGCUACCGCGAAACCCGCAACGAUACAGUCAUCCGGUGAAACGAAGCGUAGAAGGACGGACGAUGAACAGAACCGCGCAUCCAUGCGACCAACUAUGGCCCCGCCAAUCCGCCAGUCGACUAUUCGCAAGGAACCUACCAAGCUCUCCAUAUACGGUCAUGCUCCGCACUCUGCGGUACCCCAAGCCAGCUCCUCAAACUUCAAGACCGUCUCAGCGCAGAAGCCUGCGCAUCCCAUGGACAUGGCCAAGUAUGCCAGCGGCAAGAUCCCAUUUGCAGAAUCCUCCAGCGCUGCGGCACCAUCCCAGUCGCAUAGAACUCCCGGUGCAAGCUCUUCUGGCAAAGCACCCGCGAAGUCAUCUCCCCAUUACCCCAACGGCGAGAAUAUUCAUCUCCCAGAGAUUGCGACGGAUAGCGAAGAUGAGGAUUCCGAUGCCGAGAUGCUCCCUGUUCCCAAGUGGGCGCAGCCGAAGCAGCUUGAGGGUCUUCUGAGGGACCAGGAAGGGCUGGAGGCGGACUCUAUUUUCGGACCCAUUGCACCCUUUUCGCUGGAGGAAACGUUCAAGGCAGACAAGAGGGUCAAGAAGUUCCGCGACCGAACCAGCAGCGCAAACUGGUCAGGGCCGGAUGGACUGACCCAGGAGGAGAUUCGCCGCGACAUUGCGGAGCGACAACGGCUGCGUCUGAACGGUGGGUGGACUUUUGGACUUUAAUUCAAUCGCAUUUGUGGUACCUUCUAUUAUUUUCUGGAGCUGUGUUGUUGGGAUAUUCUUUUUUAAUCAUGAGCACCGGGCCGUGGAUGGCAUGAGUGGAUGGCGUUUUAUUUUAAAUGAUACAUUUGUGCAAUUACAAUAUUUUAUUAGAUUUAAGAAUUGGGCCA